GGAGUCUGGCGCCGCGUUCAAGCCGAGCGAGCGGCCGUGUCGCGGCCCUGGCGGUGUGGACGUUCGCGGUUUGAAUUCCCUGUGUUGCAUUGCCACGGGGGGACCAGCACUCGUCGUGAUAAUCGCGGCAACUUUCCCCUGGACCGCUAUAGCGCGUGGUUGAGGCAGCGCCACCAUGAGCUGGGCUGUGGAGGAGUGGAAGGAUGGGCUGCCCGCACGGGCCCUGCAGAAGAUCACGGAGAUGGAGGCGCAGCUGGAAAAGCUGCGCAAGGAUCAGCGCCAGCGCCAGCUGCACAUGGACACGGUGGAGGCCGCCUGCGAGAAACAGAAGCAGAAGGUGGAGGAGGCAAAGUCGGAGAUCUCUGCCUUGAAGCGGGAGAACCAGAGCCUGAUGGAUGCGUGUGAUUCGCUACAAGCCGCACGGCAGAAGUUGAGUCACGAGCUGCAGCAGCGCGAGACGCAGGCGAACUGCCUGGAGGGCCAGCUCACCUCGGCACGCUUGCACACAGACAAGAUCGAGCAGGAGCUCAAGAGGUGCAAGAAUGAAUUGGAGUGCCGGUCAAGUGUCUCUUCUUCUGAGCUCCAAUCUUUUUCCACGCCACAUCACAAAGGAGCAAAUAACUCUACGAUAUAUCCUGAAACACGAGAAAGGAACACAUCUGAUGACAAAUUUGAACAACUGUAUGAGAAGUACAGCACAGAAGUGGCAGAGCGGAAAAACCUUGAAAAUGAGCUGAAAGUUCUGCAAAUCAAACUGGUGAACCAGACGCAGGCGGCCACUUCCACGAGUCGGCUGGCCAUCGGUCGGCAGCAGGCCUCGUCCUCCAUCUUCCCGUGGCAGAAGCAGAACACCACGACGCCUGCCCGCUGCGGCCUCUUCACGGGGGACACGCCUCUCAAGCGCACCUCCACCUCGUCGGUGUUCCCCUGGGAGAAUGAGCCGGUGUCAGCCGCUAAACGCUGCUGCACCACGCUCUCCUCGCUCGAGGUGGUGCCCCCCAAGCCGGGCUCCAUCGCAGUGCCCGUGGCAGACAAGCAGCUGGUGGGGGCGAGUGCCGCUGCUCGAGAUGGUGGCGCUGCUUUUGGGCGGGAGCGGUGCGGAAUGCCCACCUAUAAUUUGGCUGAUGAAAGUAUACCUUCUCGUAGCCAAGAGAGGGAGUUGGAGCAGCGAGUGCAUCACCAGGAGAUGGAGCUGGAGAGCUAUGCCAGCAAGCUGAACGUUGCCAUGGGACAGCUGGACUCAGCUCGGACAGAACUGGCAGAGAAGGAGCAAAGCCUUGUCAAGUCCCAGAAUGCACUGUCUCGCUUGAACAUUCAGCACGAGCAGGCAGUUGCCAAGGUGACUGCGCUGGAGCAGAAGCUGAAGCACGUGGCAGAGGAGAUGAACUGCCAGCGACAGAACGCCGAGUCGGCACGCCUAGCAGCAGAGCAGCGCCUCAAGGACAAGGAGAGAGAACAGCAAGAGGAGGUGGCAAGGCUGGAGCACAACAUCAAUGGCUUGGACCAACAGCUGAGCCAGACAAAGACGAAGCUUGGCCAGGAGCUGCAGCACACCAAGAAUGAGCACAAUGCCCUACAAGCUGAAUUUGACAAGGCUUUGCUUCAGAAGCAGCUUCAGGAGAAGGAGGUGCAGGAGCUGAAGCAGGUGUUGCAGAAGGCCAACGACAAUGUCAAGCUGCAUCAGGACAUGACCAAAGAUGCCAAAUGCAGCUUGGAGGAAGCCACCAAAGAGAAGAAUAACUUAAGCUGCAACUUGGAGCAGAGUGCCCAUCGGGUGAGAAAGUUUGAAGAUGAUAUGAAGAAUCUCAAGCAAGAGCUCCAUGACAGCCAGAGACUACAGGAAGACUUACAGAGGAAAGUGGUGUCUCAAGAAACCGAAGUUGAAAACUUAAAAUCAAAAUUGGAAAAGCAAAGCAAGUCGCUGAAUGGCAAUAUGGAUAAUCUAAAGAUUAUUAUAUCCGAUUUGGAAAAGAAGAGAGAUAUUGCUUUAGCUGUGGUAAAGAAAAAUGAAUUGGAGAUGGAAAAAAUGCACUUCCAAUUGUCUGCAUCUACAACUGAAAAUGAAGAUCUUAAGAAUAAGUUGUGUCACAAGGCAAGUGCAUGCAGCUCCUUAGAAGAUGAGAAAGCAUCCCUUAUUCAGCUUAAAAAGGAAAUGUCUGAUAACCUAAACAAACUGAAAUUGGAAAGGGAUGGGCUGGCUGGGAAGGUACAAGACCUGGAGGCACAGAUGGAGCAAACCCUGUCUGUCCCACUGGAAAAGCAAAACACCGAUGUGCUUGAGCAAGAGAAUAAAACCACAAAGACACAGCUGUGUGAGCUGAAACAGGCACUGGACAACACAUGUGUGAAGAACACAGCACUCAAAGAAAAAGUAUGGGCUCUGCAAGAAGAGCUUGAGGAGUCUGUGAAGAAUCAAGGCGCGGAAAUGAUUGAGUUGAGAAAAAGCUCGGCACAGUUCUCCGAAAAGGUGGCAGGUUUAGAACAUCAGCUGAACUUUGAGAAAAAUGCUAAUGCUGAACUUAAAGAAGAAACUGCGGGUUUAGAGAGACAGCUUACAAAUAGCAACAACUUGAUGAAGUCUAAAGAGCAUAUUUUUGAAUCAAAGGAAGCAGAAUUAAAGGUGAUAAAAGAUGCAUUGCUGAAGAUUGUUGAAGAGCUUGAAAAGGCACAUUGGGCAUUGUUUGAGGAAAAGGCCAACACUAAUGAAGACUUUGGACCUAAAAUGUUGGACACACCAGAGCAAAACCUCUCAACAAUUGAGCCGUUUGUAAGAUUAAUGCAUUAUUUUACCAUUUUGGGGGAGCAUUUGUCGACUCUACAGUCAUCUCUUAUUGCUCAUAAGCAAACGUGCAGUGAGCUGGAAAUUAAAUCUGAAUCCCAGUUGCUAGAAAUGUCGAAGGCUGAGGCACAGACACUGGAGAUGUCUGCUUCGUAUACCAAGCUGCAACGUGAAUUUGAUAAGAACACAUCCAAAAUGGAAGAAGACCUAAAUGAAUGGACUACGCAGCUUGAAAAUAUUCAAAAAGUCCUAGAAGAAAAGAACACAAAUUUGAACGAUAUCUCAAAACAACUUGAAGAUACACAGGCCAACCUUGUGCUGCAGCAAGAAAGGAAUACAAUACUGCAGCUGGAUCUUGAGGAAGCACAUCAUAAUCUAAUAAUGAAAUCAGAGCAACUUGAAGGUUAUGCCAUCCAGAGUAAAGAAAGUGACAGUCACCUUGCUAAAAUUCUGGAGGAAAACGUUUGCAUGAAAGAGCAGGCGAAAGCUUAUGAAGAUUUCACAAGCAGGCAAAACCAAAUGACACAACAUGAAGAAAUGAUAAAAGAGCUGGAGACUACAGUUAACUAUUUGAAAAGUGACCUUGGAAAUGAAAUACAUUCUAGAGAGUCGAAGUGUAAUCAACUGCAGGAGGAUGUUCGUGAACUUCAGGCGCAAAAUGUAACGCUACAGCAGGAAAAGGAACAGCUGCUAAAAUUGCAAGAUGAAAAUGAAGCUCUUAUUAAUAAUUUUAAAAGCCAACUGCAACAAGCUGAACAUUAUUCUUUACAAACAAAAAAGCAGGCCUCCAAAGCAGAAAAGGAAUUGGCCAAUCUUCAAGAACAAUACAUGACCAGUGUGGAAAAGCAAAGAAAGCUAGAAUAUAUGUUAAGUGAGCAGGAGAAAGAAUUGGCAUCCAAAAUCUUGGAAAUUGCACAGGUGAAAGAUAAUUCUCACGAGGCUCUCGAGCAACUUAUGUCAGCUAUUAAACAGCUGGAAGAGAGCAAGUGUGAGUUGGUGGAAAAGCUUAAGCAAGCAGAGUUGCAGGACAAUACAAAUAAUAAUAAAAUUGCUUAUUUAAUGGCUGAGGCAGAAUCUGAGGUUAAACAAUUUAAUGAAGAAAUUACCAUGCUUAAUCGCAGGUUGUCUGACGUUCAAGACGACAAUCAGGCUCUACGACUAAGCAAUCAGAAUCUGGAACAAAAGAUUUGUGAAAACGAGAAACAUUUGGGCUCAAGAGAAGAAGAAAUGAUUGCAAGGCAAAAUGAUUAUACCAAGACAUUUGAACAGUUGAAUGUGAUUAUUGGCAAGCAGACUGCACAGCUUCAGCAGCUAGAGGGGGAAAAUACCAAAACAAAAGUCACACUUCAUGAAAAGCAUCAGGAACUGGAACAGCUAAAAGUGAAACUAGAGGAGUGUGGAUUUGACUUUCUGAAGAUUUCAGGGAAUUUGGAGAUGCUUCAGAUGGAUCUGGAAGACAAAGACGUGAAUUUGGAAUUGUACGAGUCACAAAUCAAGCAGCUCAAGGAUACAAUUGAGUCACUCGACAAUAGGUUGUCUGAAAAUGAAGACGUUGACAAAGUGAGACAAGAAUUGGAAGAACUACGGGUGCACUGUGAUGCUCUGAGCGGUCAGCUUUUGGAGAGCCAAGCCUCUGCUGAAUCACUUGGAUAUAAAGUUGCAGAGCAGGAGAAGCUGCUAUCUGAUCUAAGGGUAGAUGUGGAGAAUGCGCACUAUCGUGAAAAUGGUCUCUUUGAGAAACUCCACUGUGUGCAAGAGCAGUUGGAAAGUAGUCUUUUGGAAGCAGGCCAUCUCAGAACAGAUGUUGACAAUCGGAAUAGUGACAUCGCAGCUAAGGAUAAAAUUAUCUGUGAUCUGACAAAAGAGUUACAGCUCUCAGAGGAUAAUAUUUUCAAAGCUAGAAACAUGUACAAUGAUUUACAAUCAGAAUCGAAUGCACUAAAGGAACAGCUGACCAAAAUACAAAGUCAUUGCAUUUUAAAACAAGAUGCUAUGAUACAGUUAACUGGCACUAAUAACAAUGAUGAAGAAAAUGCUGUAAACAUUCCACCCACACAACAUGGUUUAAAUAUCUGCUCAUUACCAUCAUCUGAACAAAAUUCCAGUAUAAAUAUAGAAACUGAGUUAUGUCAGCUGAAAGCAGAUUAUGGUGUCCUGAGUGAGAAAUUUAGAGAUCUCAAGACAAACUAUGAUGCUCUUCAGAAGACCUGCAAUUUACUGUCAGAAAAAAAUACAUUUGCUUUACAGGAGAAGAUUUUAGCCGGAUCCCUUCUUACACAGGCUCUUGAAGAACAGGAAGAGUUAAAGGUCGAAUAUAACAAAGGACUGUUAUUGCAAGGGCAAUAUGAGGCGCUGCAGAGCUGUCAUAAUGAGUUACAAGAAAAGGUUCAACAGACAGCAGAACAUGUGGUUGAAUUAAACAGUGUUAUUGAAUCUCUUCGCUUAGAUAAGAAAAACAUGGCUGAGACUCUCAUUCGGCAAAGUAAUAACGCACAAGUAGAAUGUCUGGCAUUGCAUAAGCAAGUUCUUGGCCUACAAGAAAAACUUAAAGACACACAAGAACCCAUGAGACAAGUACUCACCAAAUCAGAGUGUAACAUGGUACAGCAUUUACCUCAUUCAUUACGGGAUAAUAUAGAUACUAAUAAUUCAGAUGUGGAAAGCAUUCAUAAAAGGCCAAAACGUGACCAUGAUGUAGAAAAUGCACAUGCAGAAGAAAUGCAUGAAGGACAUGAUUUUAAAAAGUCCAUUGAGUUAGAUGACCAGCUAAACAACAUUGUUGAGCUCAGCGUUCAGCUUAAUAUUGAUAAUUUGCAGGAAGAAAGUAUUCAAGGUACUCACAGUGCUAAAGACAUAACGAACGAAACUAAGGUUUCAGAAAUUUUGGAAUCUCAGACUGUGCUUAAUUCAAUCAAGGCAGAUGAAUGUGAAUUGUCCUGUAAUAUAGACACUUUACAGGAGAAAAAUUCAGUUUUACUCAAACAGGUUAGUGUUUUUGAAACAAACCAGAACAAUCUUUUGAGCCUUGAGCAAGACUUGGAUAGUGUUGUCUCUCAGUCUGAACAUGAACAGGCCAAAGGUUCUGAUUUGAUUGUUAACCUGCACAGUUUAGAACUGAACAGGACCUUGUUAGUAAACAGAAUUCAGGAUCUUGAAAAUGAAAUGCAGCAUAUAAAGUCAGAGAAGCUUGAUCUAGAAAAGCAGAUUUUGUCAUUGGAAGCUGAUGCUCAGGAUGCAUAUUCCAAGAAUGCUUCCGUUGAGGAGAUGCAACAUGAGCAGACACUAUUGGCACUGCACAAAGAAGAGAUGGUCUCAGUAAAAGCUGAACAUGCGCAAAUUGCUACAGAGCUUCACAGCCUUUCAAAUGCACACGCAACAUUGCAGAACAGCUAUGAGAUUCAAAACAGCCAGUUGUCUACAAUGAGGUUGGAAAAAGUGGAAGCUGCCGAAUUAAUUUGCUCCCUAAAAGCUGAAUUGUUAGAAUUUAAGGAACGACUGCAAGUUUCUGAAGAAGGUUUUUUGCGUAUGUUGAACGAAAAAGAAGAAAUUUGUAAUAAGCUCAAGAACCUUGAUAAUGAGGCUUUAGCUAAAUCUUUGGACUAUAAAGAAAAGAUGGAGAGCAUUGAGCUCCUUAGGAAUAUGAAAGAAUUCGCAGAACAGAGGGCUGAAACUUCACAGGCAAAGCUAGAGUGCUUACAAAAUGAACAUUCCAGAGUCUUGGAGUCAAUUAAUUCUGUGCUUCUUGAGAAGGCUAUGCUUGGCAAGCAGCUAAAUUCUACCGAGGAGACCAUUGGUGAGCUGAAGCGCUACAUAGAGAAGCUCAAGUUGAUACUUGAAGCGGAUGACAGGAAGAGAAAAGAAAUGGAGCAAAAGAUACGCCACAGUGAGAGGAAACAUGACGCCCUGCAGGAUAAGAUUGAGCAGCUGAAAAGAGAGUUGGAGAUGAGCGAGGCCAGCUUGGAAGACAUGGUUCUGCGCCAAGAGGCAAUCGAAGAGGAUGCCAAGAUAGCUGUGGAAGAAAAAAACGUGGCGACAGAAAACUAUGAGUCUUGCAAAGCGCAACUGGACCUUGUGUCUGCAGAAAAGCAGGAGCUGGUUGAGGAAUUUAAAGAGAAGCAACAUCAAGUGGAUGAGGCUAAGUCCACCAUCAUGGCACUGCGAGACACCCUGCAGAGGCAGCAGGAAGAUAACAUGAAUACCAGGAAGGCGUUUGAGAAGCACUCUUCACAAGUGGAGGUUGAAAUGGCAUGCCAUUUGGAUACAGCUGUCCAUUUGCAGGAACAAAUAAAACUUCUAAAUGAGCAGUUGGUAUCUUGUAAAUCUGAGCUGCAGAAAUGGCAACGACAGAAGGAUGAAUGGCUCUCACAAUGCCAUGCCCAAAAGCUGGCGUGUGAUAUCAUGCAGGAGAGGGCUGCAGCGGCAGAAAGCCACGUCGCCAGCCUGAAGAACACCCGUCACGCAUUGAGUGUGGAGCUUCAGUCUGUGCACCAAGUGCUGUCUGAGCUACAGGCGGAGAGCAAUGUUGCACUGGCAGAACUGCAAGACAAACAACAAACCUUUGUGGAGGAGCUUCACAAAGAGAAUGGUAGAAGAUUGGCAGAGAAGCAGGUGGAAAAUCAUAGGGCAUUAACUGUGCUGCAUGCCCAGCAUGAUGAGCAACUACUCUCUAUCCGGGUUGAUUAUGAUUCUGCUCUUAGCGAAAUGUGUGCCAAGCACGAGACCUUGCGUGCAGAGAUGGCAGCAAAACAUGGAGAGGCGACGAUGGAAAAUCGGGCAUUGAAGUUAAAAUUGAAGACUCUGCAGGAAGCUCAUCAGCAACUGGAGGUGGCGGCUUGUACGUUGAGGAUUCAGCAUUCGGCAGAGAGGGUCGCGCUUGAGCACCAGAUUAAGGAUCUGCAGGAACAGAUUUCCAGCCAGGACAGGAAGAUCGCCAUGCUGAAAUUAGCCAAGGAGCACGAUGACACCGAACUGAAGGAUGCUGAGAAACGCAAGCAAGAACUCGUUGAUGCCAGAGUGGCGGAAGUCGAAGCAGACAAAGCCCGAUUGGCCAAGGAAAAGGCUGCUCUUCAAGGAAAACUACAGCUGUGGUUGAGCAACGGUCGGCAGCUGGAGAAGGAGAAAGAGGAACUGCACAAGCGAAUUCACAAGAUGGAGGGGAAACUGAAGACUCUGCAAGGGCAUGGGGCAGGCUGCAGGAAAGCGCUGUGUGAUGAGGGAGACCAGGCGACGGUCAAGCGUGGCAGGAAGGGCGACGUCGAAAACAGGACUGAGGCAAAGCGCAUGAAGCCCCUUCCCGAGGGGAGGCGCACUGCCCCACGCGAAGACACCACUUACCAACCAGACGGGCUUCCCGAGGUUGUGAGCAAAGGCUUUGCAGACAUCCCGUUGGUGCUGGAAGCCAGCCCGUACGUGCUCUGCCGCACCACCAUGCUCUCCCGGAGGGGGGGAGAGGAUGCAGCAGCAGCAGCAGCAGCAGCUUCACCUUCUUCACCCGCUCGGAAGCACCCCGUGACAAACCUCCUGCAGCCUCGGCUCCUUACUCGGAACACGACCACUGCCAGCACCCCCAUGGGCAAGGAGCAGGGCAAGGAGCAGGGCAAGGAGCAGGCCAAGGAGCAGGCCAAGGAGCAGGCCAAGGGCAGCCUCCCAUCGGCGUGGUCGGCCUCUCCCAUGACGGUCAUCACCAACAGUCCCAGCCGGACGGCCCCAGGCUGUGGCGCCAGCAAGCCAACCAGCCAGCGCUCGCUCAGCAGGCUGUCUCCCGAGCAGAGGGAGAAGCGCAGGCAGACGCAGGCCACCUCCGAGGCACAGCUGGAUGACAACUGCAAAAUGCAGUAGAGCUCUUAACUGCAUGCUAACCCAAAACACACAAAUGAAGACACAAACGUGGUAUUUUUUAAGAGAAUCUACAUUGGAUAGAGUCUCACGUUCUUCAUGUUACAGCAGGAAUUGUUCAUGUAGUUUCAUGCACAAUUGCGCAGAUAACACACGCAGAUUUGGGAAAUCAAGUCGCUUUAAUUGAUGGGUUCGCAUGCAAUGCACUUCAGCAGUGGCUCCUCAAAUUUCUGCCAUUUUACAAACCAUCACUGACUGAAGGCAUAUGGGCUAAGGUGAACAUCCCAUACAUGCGCAAAUUCGAUUGCUAGGAAACAUAGUUCUCUGAAAAAUGAAAAGGUUUACUCUUUCUGGCAAUAAUACAGCUGCCAAGAUGUUAUUAUUGGCAGAAGGAGUGAAGUCUAUUCGUUUUUCAUUAUUUUUAUACCGGCAAAAAUGUUCCCGUAGAUACCGUUCUCUUUAUGUUUAUGAUCGGUAUAUACCAGCACUUUUCCUGACACUUAGGUCCCUUAAUAAUCUUACUUGUGAAUUAAAUAUUCUAAAAUAUCCUUAUCUAUAGAAGUGGCUAAUUUGUAUUCUGCAUUUUUGUCCAAAAUCUCGUAGGCCACUCCACGAAUUUCAUUGAAUGAUGUGUUAUUUGAAAGCCUAUGAUAUAUAGUUUGUGUGAAUGAACAUUAUUGGAAAAAUACCUUUAACCCAAUUUUUUGGUUUAUUGGUCUCAAGGCUGAUUAUCUGCUCCAGCAUUUACAACAAGCUGGCAUGUGGGGGUGGCAGGCGCUUGCUGAGUGGUGACACUUUUGUGCCUCACGCCAACAAUGGCCUAGGUAGAAUUUCAAACUGUGGUGCCUUCCUGUGGAGUCGAUGUUCUCUCCCCCUGCUUUGCAUGGGUUUCCUCCGAGUUCUCCAAUUUCCUCUCAUCGCAAAAGACAACCCAUACAAUGUCGCUGGUGUUGGCCAAACAUCCCAAUGCUAGAAAAUUACCUGCACAUUGCUCUAUUGCAGGGGUAUGCAGUCCAAAUAAUAAUGAGCCAUUUCUUUUCUAAUUCAGUAAAAAGUAUUUCAAGAGCCGCAAUGCACGUUGGGAAUGAGACGGUGGUCCUUCAUAAACAACGUCACAGAGCAGCAGCAGUCCUUAAAGAGCCUCCGCACGCCGCUCCGGAGGUGCAGGUCACCGGCCCCUGGGCUAUUGGGUUGACACAGCAACAUCGCCUCUUACUGCGCAAACUUGGCAGGACCCUCAUAAAACAAGUCUUGAUACUCGGUGAGACUUCCCGGGUUAAACAAGCGUCCUGAUAACGUGGUGCAUCUCCAUCACAAAAUGAUACAACUCGUAGGUAUGUGCUAUUGGGGUCAGGUGUGGGUGGAGGUAGGGAGGAGCCAUUUUAAUAUGAACAGGCUACCCUCUUACGGUGUUUUUCACAAAUUUUCAGAGGAGAGGACCACUUUCGCCGAUAAAUCACCAGUGUGAGGGCAGUAACAUUUUAAACCAUUGCGUUUCACAGCAGCAGGAUGAUAGUGUUUUCACAUGUGUGUAUUGUCGGGGGUUGCACGUCAGGGGUCGCACCGAAGGUCACCAGUGGCCGCCCGUAGCCUGCGGGCCUUGCAAUGAAGAGCACUGCCAUAUUGUGUAUAUACUGGUGAGUGUCAGGUGGGUGGUAGAUAUACGUAAUUCAGUCACGGCACUUAAGUAAUUGUCUUUGUAGAGAGUCAAAUAACAGUUUGCCUUUUCCAGAAGGAAUGAGUGUAUUGCUGAUGAGCUAUCUAAGAUCUGAUGUAAGUAAAUAAAGUGCCCUGAUGGGAUGUAAUGAUGCUACGAGGGCAGCAUUUGUAGUGGGAAAAGUCUGACAAGGUUAAAGGUCACUUGUAUGCAUUCUUGGGUAAAUCAGAUUUUUGUCAAUAGCAGUUGCUGGGUGGUGGAGAGAUACGAGGCUUCAGAUCACUCGUGCCAUGUGGUGGCAUUAAGGAUUGUAGUCCCAAACAGUUUCUGCAUCUGUUGGAUGGACUAGUACCAGAUUGUGGUGGUGUAUUAUAUUGAAAUAACUUUUUUUACGUGUCGCUCACUUGUUAUGGCAGCUCUGCUUUUGUAUGUGAUUACACACGUACGAGGUAUAUUCAUGCACUUAUGUUAAGCCCCGUUUUUUUAGUAUUGCUCAUGAUUUUACAAUUUUAUACCCUUUAUUUGCUAUAAGUGCUAAAACAUUUGUGAACCUGAACAGAAUUAACACGUAUGCUUGUGAUGUUUAAAGUAACGAUUAAAUAUCUCAACAUAGAUGCAGUCGUGCAUAUUUUGUGGGUCCAUAAUUAGAAUACCAUACACCUUGUUUCGUCUGCAUUUACAUAUCCAAUUCAGCAAGUGAAAAACAAACCACGUCCGUGGUUGUCCAAUGCCAUUGUGACGGUGUUUGAACGAGAUCCCAAACGUCUCGGUGAGACUUUACUCAACAUUUCACAAUCAGGAAUAAUCCUGUUACCCGGUGUAGUUGUGGUGAGUGAUGCUGCAUUUCCAGCUUGCCAACUUGCCAUUCGAUUUCCGGUUAUGGCUAAUAGCAGUAGCGAGUGAAAUCUGGACCCGUCAUGGACUUUCCCACCCGUGCUAACCAUUGUGACGAAGUAUGGUUAAACAACGGCUAUGACCGAUAUGUACGGUACUACAUUUCAACAAUUUUCCAUGGUAUGGUUAAAGGACCCGCAUCUCCAGCAUGCAUAUAAUGACAGUAAUCAGAUUUUUCGAUUUAAAGCAGAUUCUUUGUAAAUAUAAAUUCAAACUUAAGUUGUUUACAUAGUGUAUUUUGAAAUCCAGUCUGUAAUGAGCAGUAAUUGUAGUGUAUUCUCAUAAUCUUUUUCUUCUGUCAGCUAUUUUUGUAAUAAACCUGUAAUACCACUUUU